AUCGCCCAGCAGCAUCUCAUUCGAGCGGCAGCGCAAAAAAAUGCAUUGAAAUACGCAUCUUAGGACAUUUCCACCCUCUUUCGCUUUGCCAUGAGGGCGUGUGACGGGAAUAACGGGCAUGUUCGCACCGGAUUACGUCCCUUUCUUCUGAAAGAAAUGCGGAUUGUUUUGCGCUCGAGGUGUUAACGCAGAAACCAAAAAAAUUGAGCAAAAUGAAGAAGCAAUUCAAUCGGAUGCGACAGCUCGCCAACCAGACUGUUGGCAGGGCAGAAAAAACUGAGGUACUGAGUGAAGACCUGCUACAGGUGGAGAAGCGUUUGGACCUGGUGAAGCAGGUCUCUCAUAGCACACAUAAGAAGCUGACAGCAUGUCUACAGGGUCAACAAGGCACAGAAAUAGACAAAAGAUCUGUCAAAUCACCCUCGAAAAAGCUGCCGCUGACUACCCUUGCUCAAUGUAUGGUGGAGGGAGCUGCUGUUUUAGGAGAUGACUCUCUGCUUGGUAAGAUGCUGAAGCUCUGUGGAGAUACAGAGGAGAAAUUGGCCCAGGAACUUCUCGUCUUUGAGCUUCAGAUUGAAAGAGAUGUCGUGGAGCCUCUUUAUGUGCUGGCUGAGGUGGAAAUUCCGAACAUUCAGAAACAGCGAAAACAUUUAGCCAAACUUGUUCUGGACAUGGAUUCUGCAAGGACACGGUGGCAACAAUCAUCCAAGUCUUCAGGUCACCCUAGUAAUGUGCAGCAGAGUGGAGCCAAGUCUGAUUCCCUGAGGGAGGAAAUGGAGGAGACGGCCAAUCGGAUGGAGAUCUGCAGGGACCAGUUAUCAGCGGACAUGUACAACUUUGUGGCCAAAGAAAUAGACUAUGCAAACUACUUUCAAACGCUCAUUGAGGUUCAGGCCGAGUACCACAGGAAGUCUCUGGAGAUCCUGCAGAGUGUCCUGCCGCAGAUCAAAGCUCACCAGGAGGCCUGGAUAGAGAAGCCAUCGUAUGGGAAGGCCUUAGAGGAACAUCUAGCCAUCAGCGGCAGGGAGAUUGCCUUUCCUAUUGAGGCUUGCGUCACCAUGCUGCUCGAAUGUGGCAUGCAGGAAGAGGGUUUAUUUCGAGUGGCUCCCUCUGCCUCCAAGCUGAAGAAGCUGAAGGCAUCGCUGGACUGUGGCGUUAUGGAUGUGCAAGAAUACUCAGCCGACCCACACGCCAUCGCCGGGGCAUUGAAGUCUUAUCUUCGUGAGCUUCCUGAACCUCUAAUGACAUUUGAGCUCUAUGAUGAAUGGAUUCAAGCCUCAAAUAUUCAGGAUAUGGACAAGCUUCAAGCCUUGUUGUGUACAUGCGAGAAACUACCAGCAGACAAUCUGAACAACUUCAGAUAUUUAAUCAAAUUCUUAUCCAAACUCACAGAGUACCAAGACUCUAAUAAAAUGACACCAGGCAACAUUGCAAUAGUUCUCGGACCCAACCUGCUGUGGACGCAUUCAGAAGGGAACAUGACAGAAAUGAUGACCACCAUGUCCCUGCAAAUCGUAGGAAUCAUUGAGCCGAUCAUCCAGCACGCGGACUGGUUCUUCCCUGGAGAAAUUGAGUUCAACCUGACAGGCAGCUACGGCAGCCCAGUGCACACCAACCACAACUCCAACUACAGCUCCAUGCCCUCGCCAGAUAUGGACCAAUCAGAGCGCAAGCAGCAGCACGACCAGAGCCGACGCCCACUCAGCGUUGCCACAGACAACAUGAUGCUGGAGUUCUACAAGAAGGACGGCAUUAGGAAAAUUCAAAGUGUGGGUGUCAGAGUCAUGGACACCUCAUGGGUGAAGGGCAAAAGCACCUCUACACUGGCCCGUAAAUCCUCAUCCACACCUCCCAGUGGUCAACCACCUGGAUCACCAGCAGACACCCUGAUCUCAGAGCAGGCUGGUGAGCUGGCAACAUCUCCAAUCCCCACCCCCCCUCCUGGAGACAGGGGCAGCUCAGAUGACGUGUCGCCCAAUCGGCCGGAUUCCUCACAUGUCUAUGUGUCCCACGUGGAGGAGCGGCCACCCCCUCCGUACCCUUCCUCGUCCUCUCAUCCUGGCCCUCACCAUUUCUACCCCAAGCCCCCUCCCUGCGCUCGUCCCGUGGCCCCUGGCCCUGAGUCUCAGCCUCCUGCCUCUCCGCCUCCACCCCUGCGGUGGUCUGGCUUUGCCCCGCCCCAACCCCAGUCCCAGCCCCAGCACCAGCACCAGCUCCAGCACCAGCUACCACCCCCUUCCUCCUCCUCCUCAUCCUCCUCUUCCUCACUCGAUAUCAACUCCAACCCCAAGCCUAGCUGCCUGCACUUCCCCAAACACGGCCCUGUCACUCUGAAGAGUAAGGAACUCUCUCCUGUGAUCGGCCACAAGGCUGUGCAGGCGGCAGGAGCAGCAGUGCCCCCUGUCGGCGGCCAGCAGAGCAACAGCCAGUCUCCACACUCGGCCGAGCACAGCCCACACACCUUACGCAAAGUGUCUAAGAAACUGGCCCCUGUGCCGCCCAAGGUUCCCUACGGCCAAUCGGGGGGGAUGUCAGACCAAUCCACAGGUCAGCCGUCUCCGGUUAGCCUGUCCCCCACUCCCCCAAGUACCCCCUCCCCUUACGGUUUGGGCUGUCCCCCUGGACAUGCGCCCACCUCUUCCCCUGGCCAGACCCCAUUAGGGGGACCCCAUACACUGUCCUCACCACCAACUUCUCUGACUGGUACGCUCACAAAGUCCCGGCCCACCCCAAAGCCCAGGCAGAGACCCAGUCUGCCCCCUCCCCAGCCGCCCACCGUGCCCCCUACGGUCCCCCAGCCCCUGGAGCAGGGUCUACUUGACGGAUUAUCCCCCGGAGAGAGCAUGUCCACAGGUAAACAUGCCUCAGUGGCACCAUCACGAUUGGGAAUCCAGCGUCCCUCUCUCAAACUGUCUGUCUCUCCGUCCUACGCAGGCGAUGGACUUUAAGGAGCCAGAUCCCCCAUGAUAUGUAAAGAGAUUUAUUAAAUAGGG